GUCAAAUAAUAUUUUCUUAUAAACAAAUAUAUCAUAUUUGUUUAACUUUUUUACUACAAUCGACAUUGUAUAUUGUUACCAUUUAACAUCAGUAUUGUCUUAACUUUUACACUGUCUCAGUAAUUUAUGUUGGUAAUUUACAUUAUUUCAAUACGCCUAUGAUUACAAUGGCAUGUUUAUUUAAAUAAACUGCACUGUAUAUACCCAAAGUAAUAUCAAUAAUGAAGCAUCAGAUGAAAAUUGAUAAAUUUUACCCAUUCAAAGCUUCAAAAACAUUGAAAUUUGAGAAAAAUGAUAACCAUGGCAAUAGCAAUAUAAAGACUGAAAUGGAAACUCCAAAGAAGAGGUCUCAUACAAGUCUUCAAAUACCUUCUCCUUCUAAGACACCAAAACUAGAUGAAUCAGAUAUAAUUAAUGUAAGUAGUGAUGAUGAAGAAAGUCCAUUAUCAGAUGCUACUGUUGCUUAUACUCCAGAAGCACAAUCACCUUUAACACCAAGCACUUCAGAAGGCGUUUUAAACACAAAAGCAUUAAGUAUUAAAAAGGACCCUUGCCAAGAUACGAGUCCAUAUAUAGGACACAUUGAAAGUGUAAGUGGCCAAGCUAAAUCACCUACAAGUACUCCUCAAACUAAAAAAUAUUUCUCACCGAAUAAAAAAAGGUUUGUUAUUAAAUCACCUGGAAAAGCACGGAGAAAUUUGAACAAAAUCAUUUCUGACUCUAAUGAUCAUGAUCUUAUAGAAACUUCUAGUGGUUAUGAUGAUAAAACAAUAUUUGUCAUUAAAAUAAUCCACCAAUGUUUGAACAACCAAGAAUUAAGGUCAUUAUUGGAUGAAAAUUCUCAAAAGUUACUUCAAAACUGCAUGAGUAUUCUUAAGCCAGGAUUACAUUUAGUAUGUAAACUUUAUUGGAGGAAAGAAGCUUGGUAUAGGCCAGAGAAAAUUGAGGAUGUUUUUCAAAAAGGCAACUACUUAGUUAACUUGAAACAAAUAUUGGACAAUUUAAUCCAAAAUGGAUUACUCCAGACAAAUGAUGCCAAUUUUACAGGUGCAAAUAAAUUGAAUAUAGAUUAUUACUUUGAUACAUUAAAAGUGAAUGAGGUAAAAGCAAUAUGUAAGGAAUUCAAAAUAAAAUUUAAAAACAAGGAAGCGGCCAAAGUUUCAUUGGAAAAGUUUUGUAAUCAAAAAAGCAUUGGUCAUUAUUUUGCCAAAACAUCACAAACUAAUAAUCAAAGAGUUUUGGAAUCACUUCGCUUAAAGUGUGGUGAAUGCUUCAAACUAACAGAACAUACUCGCAGAACACUGGAUGAACUAUAUAUUUUAAUGUAUUUGGGUAUCGACUGGAGUAUUUUAAAAGAAAAAAAUGUAGAACUGAUGCUAUUUAACAUUAAAAGCAGAAGUGAAACGUAUCCUGCUCAAGACAUAAACUUGAUUGAUAAUGCUAGUAUUGUUUUUAAGAAUAGGAGUGAAUUCCUAAGCUAUAUCGAAGCAAGCGAAAUUUAUGAGGAAUUUCAGAAUACAAGUGAUACUAUAAUUCGCCGUAGCAUUAUUGAAAAGGUGUAUAAACAGUAUUUGGAAAUAAAGACUGAAGAAAUGACGAGUUACAUGUCCUUACCAGUGUGGCUUCGUAAAUUCACACCUCCAUACCUCUAUAUAAGACUUCUAGAAAGUGGGUUGUCCGAUCUAAAAAAGCAACCAGAGAAAGAAAAAUACUGCCACUUAGCAGUGGACAUAUUGAGAAUGAUGGUAUCACAGGAUGCGUUUAGACCGCAAAAGAAACCGGAGUGGUACGCUGAGAUGGCAUUGAUUUAUGAUAAAUGUUUAAAUAAUGCUGACAUGGCAGCUGAGAUUUUAUUGGAGGGCUUCCGUAAGUUAGAUGUACGUGAUUAUGAAAAGGAUUGUCUACGUAUACGUGCACGUAUGCUAACGAACAGAGUAACGAACAAGCCCGUUGAUAGACUGGUCAUCGCUUUAACGGGGCAUGCACUUCAGGAACCGGUGGAGAAGGAUAUAAAAGCGACACAUAUAAAUAAACAAGCUAUGGAAAGCAUUGAUAAAGGAAAGAAAAAGUUUCAAUGCCGUCUGCUUGAUAGCACUAUAGUAAUGGAAGCAGAGGAAUACUGCAGAAGAUAUUAUAUCGAACAAGGAGAAUAUACGCAUGGUGAACACUGGGAAGGAUCUAUAAUAACUACCAUAUUCACAUUGCUAUUUUGGGACAUAAUAUACGCGGAGUUGCGUGGGGUAAGGGGCAUUUUUAUUACGCCCUACCAAAAGUACCCAUUGGAUUUGUUUACCGACAACUUUUAUUGGAAUAGACAAUGCUUGAUUGAAGACAGGCUCAAUAGUAUGGAGAAAGCAAGCGUUGAGGACCUGAUUCCUUCUAUGAAGAAUGUAUGGGAUACGAGGCCUGAAUGUGAGCUUUCAGACAUACAGCGUAAAAAAAUAAAUUGGGACAAAAUAGAGGCUGUUAGCAGAUGUCUGGGAAAUAGGUCCUUGGCAAUUAUUUGUCGGCGGCUUGCCUUAGACUAUAGAUACAAUCACAGCGGAUUCCCAGAUCUUACAAUGUGGAAUCCGCUCACUAAGCAGAUAACCUUUGUGGAAGUAAAGACGGAUUCGGACAAGCCGUCCAUUAAGCAAAUCCAAUGGAUGAGAUAUCUUCAAUGUAACAAUAUUAAUACGGAAUUUUGUUAUAUCGGUACGAACACUACGAAAUCUAAAGCGCGAAAUGUGAAUUGAUUUUAAUCUUAAUUUGUUUUAUUUUUAUUGAAUUAUGUUUUUUGACUCUAAUACAAUAAUCCCCCUUAUAAAACGAUACUAUUUUAAUACAUUUUCAGUGCCUCGUAAAAAGUUAUUGCGGGGAGUACCGAGACGCACAUUUUUCUUUCAUAAUUAUAUUAUUGAUAUUCCAUUUAAAUGCUAAAAUAGAUAAAAGUGCCGUAUUUCUACAUGACGCGUUACAUAUAAUCAUACAAAGUUAUGCGAAAGUACUCCUUUAACGCGUUGUAUAACGCCGAACUAAUCUACCGUGUUAUAGGGGGGUGAUUGUUCUAGUUUCUUACAAAUGGAUAAUCAUUUUCUAAUAUAAGUAACAAGUUUUAAUUUAGUCGAGAAGUACGUACAUUAAUGGAGGACUGGAAAUAAAUGAAAAAUCAACAGACAUUAAAUUAAUCAAGUUCUCCAUCGAUAGAGGUAGCUUAUUUUAAAAUCUUAUUCAUAUUUUUUUAUAUAUAUUUAUAAACUGUGUUGCUUAAAGAAACAUAAAUUUAUUAUGUAAUGCGUGGCAAAUUCGCGGUCAGAUCAUUUAUUCAAUCGAGAGAUUCACAGAUUACAAAUUCCUAUCAUGUUAUAAUUAUAUUUUUAUUCUAUUGGAAUGUUGCCAACGUCAAAUUAUGUAAUAAAUUUACGUGGAUAUGUAUGCAUCGUAUACUGACAAUUUGAGGCUGACAUUAACGAAAUGAAAUUAAUAAGCGUUUUAUUUCAUCUUAAAUUUACCUGAAGAUUUUUUGGUUUUGGCUGUGUUUUUAUUUUCAAAUAUCUAGUCUUAAAAUAUCUUAAAUUUCGUUAUCAAAAAAAAAGGUAUUAUAGAAAUUUAUGUAAAAAUUACAAAUAUAUUGACAUAAUGUUGUAAGGUGCUAUUAUAUUUAAUUAUUCGGUUUUAAGUACAAUUAACGUAAGCACAAAAAUGAUUACACAGAGUAUUAAACGCUUUCAGUAUAAGCCUGCAUCGUUUGUAUGAAAGGUUUUCUCUUAAGUGCCUGAUGCAGUGUAUAUUACGAUCGCAUUCAAUACACUGUGAAAGUUGUGAGCUACUGUACUACAGAUAACAUUACUAUAGAAACGUUGAAAUUUUAUAAAUAUUAUGUUAUCUCCACAUAAUGUGACCUAUAAAGUUUAUUUGACCAGUUUAGACUUUUUAAGAGUAAAUGUAUUUCUAUAGAAUUGUUAUAAGUAGUAAUUUUU